GUUUUAUUUCUUUUCAGAACCAAGCCACCUGAGGAUAAACAGCAGUUUAGGAAUAUCGAGCUGAUACAGUUGGUAUUUCCUUCCACAUGUUUUAAGUAUGAAAACAAGAGACUAACCCUCCUGGGGAUUAGAGACGAUCGGCUAUUUGCAUGCAAUCAUGCCAAAGAAGUUUAAAGGAGAGAAUUCUAAAGCAGCUGAAGCCCGUGCACGUAAAGAGGCUGUCAAGCAAGCAGAAACAGAGCGCAAGCAGAAAGAAGAGGAAGAUGCUCUCUGGGCAGACGAAGACAAGCAUGUUCAGAGAAAACAACAACGAAAGGAGACUAAAGAGAAGAAGCGAGUGGAACUGCUGGAGAAGAAGAAAGAACUGCAACGAUUGGCAGAUGAGGAAAUGAGCCAGAUGAAAGGAGCUAAGCAAGACACUCUGAGCAAGCUGACUCGUGCCCAAAUACAGGCAAACAGGGAAAGAUUAGAAGCAGAAGCUGCAGCAGCAGCAAAAAAAGAAGAAGAUCUCCCAUAUGAUGAAAAGCCCAUUGAAGAAAAUUUGAAUCGUAUGGUAAUUGAGGGUGACGAAGCACGUACAAUCGAUGAGGCCAUUUCAGUCUUGAGGUCUGAAGACGUGACAGUUGACAAGCACCCAGAGAAACGAAUGAAAGCAGCAUACAACAAAUUUGAAGAGGAGAAUUUGCCUCGGCUGAAAGCUGAGAACCCUAACAUGCGACUUUCACAGCUGAAACAGAUGCUGAAGAAAGACUGGAUGAAGUCCCCAGAAAAUCCUAUGAACCAGCGCUCGGCAGCUUUUUAAUGUGAAUGCAAUAGUACAGCUGCCUGGGCAUCAAAAACGAAAAAAAAAAUACGUUUGUCAGUUCCUUGAACUUCCUUAUGCUUGAGUUUUCUUAAUGCAUGAAGGUUUCGGGCCUGUUGCAGCUGUUUUAAAGAUCUUUAAAGUCUUGAGUUUUGUUAAAUGUUGCUCUUUUUCCCUAGCUUAUUUUCAAAGACGGAACUGAUAAUGAUACAGAAUAUGAGGCAGGCAGGUGACUGCUGCAACAUGGCGUUAAACAUAAAGCUGACAGAACUUUAAAUCUGCAGUUUCUUGUUGCAAAAUAUGGAGGCAUUUGCACUCAUGUAUUUCCCUAGAAUGUAUCCUUAAACAUGCCCACGGUGCUGUUAACAUUGCCAUUUUUUUUUUACAAAUUCCACUAUAUACUUUGAUGGAAAAAACUUUUGAUGCACAUAAACGUUUGGUGGCAUAUGCACACUCUGGUUUUUAUGCACUCUUCUUUUAAUGAUAAGGAUAUUUCCAGCUUUAAAAUGUACUUGAUGUCAUCAGCGAUAACUUAUUCAGUGAUGUUGACUUAUAUUCGCACUGUGUGCUUAAAACUUG